AUGUUAUCCAUCAAAGCUGUCUCUCUCAUUGUUUUGUCCUGUUUUGUCUCGGAAUCCAUUUCUGCACCAACUCCAGCACAUUUCCACCAUGCACACAAACGUGAUAAUGGCAAAACGUGUUCUUUCCCCAACUCCAAUGGCAUGGUGCAGGUUUUCAACAACAAGGACUCAAGUUCUGAAGGUUGGGCACAAGACGGCCCAUGCAAGGCAGGGUCCUAUUGUCAAUAUGCGUGUCAACCAGGUUACUUGAUGGGCCAAUGGAACCCUCAGGUGGACACCUACUCUUACCCGGGCUCCCAAGAUGGUGGUUUAUACUGUAACGAGGACGGUGAGCUAUCCAAACCAAUCUCAAACAACGAUUAUUGCUACAAGGGUAAAGGUACUGCACAAGCAAUCAACAAGACUGGCCAAAAUGUUGCAUUUUGUCAAACCGUCUUGCCAGGUAACGAGGAGAUGCUAAUUCCAACAGACGUGUCUGCUGGUUCAUCAAACGAUUUGGCUGUUCCAGGCACUGAUUACUGGGCAAAGACCGCCUCUCACUUCUAUAUUAACCCGCCAGGUGUCUCUGCCGAAGAAGGUUGCAGAUGGGGAUCAACCGCUAAUCCAUAUGGAAACUGGUCUCCCUAUGUUGCCGGUUUCAAUAUGGACGACAGUGGCAACACUUAUGCCAAAAUUGGUUGGAAUCCAAUUUAUUUCGAAGACUCUUCUCCAUUUAAGAACGAAAAACCAAGUUUUGGUGUCAGAUUAAAGUGCGAUGAUUCAAGUAAAUGUAAUGGUAAUACUUGUGAAAUCAAUCCAAAUACUUAUGGCCUCAAUAAAGUCAGCAACUCUGGUGAACAACAAGACUCAGAUGGUGCUGCUUGGUGUGUUCUGACUGCAUCGGGAAAUUCUGGUGUCAGCAUUGAAGUUUUCGACCUUUAA